UUCGUAUCUCGCUUGGAUGCUUGCAAGCGUUCCUGUCCAGCCACAACGCCACUUCUGAUCCGCGAAGUGGAUGAAUCUUCUAAUGCUACCAUUGCUUCUACGGUUCGCCUCUCCACUACUGCCUCACAACGGGGCCUUCCACAGACCAAUAGAGAAAUCACUACUUCGGAAAUGGGUGGAAAUAAUGAAAGACAUCAUCGGAAGCAAUCUCGUUUAGCAGCUCUCUUUUUAGGGCCACUCACUGGCGGGAUUGUCGGCGCUGGUUGGUCAGAUUCUAGCAAAGGUGCGGCUAGCAUCACUUCCACAGGCCUCGCUAUAGCCAAUCCGAAUACUGGGUCUAUUGACGCACCAUCCAGUUACACGAAAACAACCAUGAGAGAAGAUUGCAACGACGGUAAGACGCAUAAAGACGCCGAGAGGGUCGGGUGUACAGGACUCGCAAGCCUGACUUUGGGGCAUUCUUUAACAGGAGAAAGCGGCACAAAGACCCGGCCGGUGCGACGCGUUACUUACGGUAAUGAUCCACUAGGGCACUGCAGUGACCGAAAUCAGGUCUCGGAGCCACUUAUUCAGCAAAAGUUCCGGAAGCGGCAAUACCACUUUGAAGCUUCGUCAAUUGGAGUUACGCCCUCUGAAAAUGAGGAAUCAGGACAGGCGCGGCAGCUCAGAGACCAACAGUCCGAGUCGACCAUCGAGGAACAGCCUUUUAGGCGGCGAUCCACCUGGUACCGAAACUUGUGGGAUAACAAGGCGCCGACAGGGACCAUUCGGAUGAAAGCCAGCCUUAAAAACUCAGGUUUGCAAGCCAGGCGUAUAGAAAUAGGAAGGACUGGUUUUUAA